AUGGUGUGGGCAAAAGAUCCCUCGGUUGUGUUUAUAGCCGAAACAUGGACCGAUAGAGCAAGGCUGGAAUUAGUUCAGAGGAAAAUUCAAUUCAAGCACAUGUUUGAAGUACCAAGAAGGAAUAAGGCAGGGGGUCUGGUACUGUUUUGGAAGGAAGAUUUCAAGUUAGAUAUUGAAACUUUCUCUCCUAAUCAUAUUGAUACCACUAUAAACAAAAACCAGGAAAAUGAAUGGAGAUUCAUUGGUUUUUACGGCAAACCCGACACACAAAAACGGCAUGAGUCUUGGACCAAGUUGAGACAGUUGAAGAGAAGGAGUAGUUCACCUUGGCUAUGCACUGGAUUCGUGGGCUUCCCAUUUACUUGGCACAAACAUUACCUGGAUUUCACUGUGUGGGAAAGGUCUGAUGUUGCUCAAACUAUAUUGCACUAUCUAAACACAAGUACUUUGCCUCAAUCACUUUGUCACUCUUUUAUAACUUUGAUCCCUAAAGUGAAGAACCCUGAAUAUGUGACACAAUUUAGAUCCAUAAGUUUGAGUAAUGUUUUGUAUCGGAUUUUGGCUAAAGUCCUAGCUAAUAGACUGAAAACUAUCAUGCCCCAUAUUAUUUCUGAUCAUCAAAGUGCUUUUAUACCUAACCGCUUGAUUUCAGAUAACAUCCUAGUGGCUUUUGAAACUUUACACCCCAUGAUGAAUCAUACCAAAGGCAAAACAGGUUUUAUGACUUUAAAACUUGAUAUGAGUAAGGCCUACGACAAAGUUGAAUGGUCCUACAUGGAGAAAGUUUUGUGGAAGAUGAGUUUCAAUGAGAGAUGGGUACAACUUAUGAUGCUUUGCAUUACUACUGCAUCCUACUCGAUUUUGAUUAAUGGGGAGCCCCAUGGAGAGAUCUCACCCACAAGGGGACUUCGGCAAAGCGAUCCCCUUUCGCCUUAUCUUUUUCUCAUGUGUACUGAGGGAUUACAUGGUUUGAUAUGGAAGGCAGCCACAAAUGGAGACAUUCAAGGAGUGUCUAUUUGCCAAAAUGAACCCAAAAUUACUCAUCUCCUCUUCGCUGAUGAUAGCUUGAUUUUUUGUCUAGCAAGAGAGAGUGAAUGCCAAAGCUUGUUGGAUGUAUUGGCCACAUAUGAAAGAGCAUCGAGGCAGCAAAUUAAUAGAGCCAAAAAUACACUUUUCUUUAGUAAAUCCACAUUAGGAGAUAUACAAACUUUGAUCAAGGACAUGCUUGGAGUUAUAGUGAUAUAUCACUAUGAGAAGUAUUUGGGCCUCCCCUCUCUUGUUGGCAGGAAUAAAAAGGAGAGUUUCACUCACAUCAAGCAACAAAUAUGGAAGAAGCUACAAGGGUGGGAAGUAAAGCUUCUAUCUCAAGUGGGUCGUGAAGUUUUGACCAAGGCCGUUGCACAAGGCUUACCCACCUAUACCAUAUGUUGUUUUAAGCUUCCCACUACUCUAUGUCAUGAAAUAGAAUCCUUGAUUUGUAGAUUUUUUUGGGGUCAAAGGGGUGAUCAUAGAAAAAUUCAUUGGAUGAAGUGGCAAGACCUAUGUAAACCAAAAAAUCAGGGAGGUAUGGGGUUUAAAGAUCUCGCCUUGUACAAUGACGCACUUUUGGCAAAACAAACUUGGAGGUUGCUACAUGACACUCAAUCCCUUUUUCAUAGAGUUUUCAAAGCCAAGUUCUUUCCAAACUCCACGGUUUUGGAAGCAAAAUGUCCACCGAGUGCAUCUCACGCUUGGAAGAGCAUAAUCAAGGGAAGGGAUGUGAUAAAACGGGGAGGUUUAUGGCGUAUUGGGUAUGGAAAUUUGGUGCUCGUGUGGGGUGAUAACUGGCUGCCUACAUCUGGAUGUCCGAAAGUCAUUUCACAAAUGGUAAAGGGUGGUGAAACAACUAGAGUGGGAGACUUCAUUGAUCAAGAAAAUAGGGUAUGGAAAGAAGACUUAAUUGAUAGAGUAUUCUAUGAUUUUGAGGCAUCAAUUAUCAAAAAGAUCCCACUUUGCCGAUCCAUACAAGAUGAUAUACUAAUUUGGCCUUUUAAUUCGGACGGGGUCUACUCGGUCAAGUCGGGUUAUAGAUUCUUGCAUGACUCGUCCCUAGCCUGUCUGAAGGAACCCAAGCUCCUCAUGGUGGUAUUAUUGAAUUUGUGGAAGCGUAGGAAUAACCUCUGCUUAAGCAAGCCUACAAUCCCACUUAAUAAGGUGCUGGAGCACUCUCGGGAGCAACAGAUUGAGUCCCACUCCAGCCCCUUACCAUCAAUCACACCAAGGAGUAAGCUACCAGCGAUCUGGACACCACUUCCUGAAUAUUGGUAUAAGUUAAAUUUUGACGGAGCCAUAUUUGCAGACAAGGACACAACAAGUAUCGGGAUUGUUGUGUGUAACUGUGAUGGCCUUGUCAUGGCGUCUAUAGCGCAACAAAUCCCACUGCCACCUUCAGUUAUUGAGGUUGAGACCUUAGCAGCAAGACGAGCCCUAGAGUUUGUCUUGGAGUUGGGUUUCGAGUGA